ACGUCUCGGCCCCGCCCCCUCCCCGGCCGCCCCUGAGGCGCUUGGCAGUGGGCAACGGGAGAGGCGCCGAAGCCCAUAUUAGAGUGUCCCCCUUCCUUCGCUCUCUCUGUGCGACCUGGACUGGCGCGCUGCACCGUCUCGCCGCUCGUUCGGUUCCAGGCGACAUGGAAAGUGCAGCGGAGGGAGCCGAGUUCAACAUCCUCCUCAUGACCGACUCCUACAAGGUGACACAUUAUAAACAGUAUCCACCCAAUACAAGUAAAGUGUAUUCGUACUUUGAAUGUCGUGAAAAGAAGACUGAGAACUCCAAAUUUAGGAAGGUGAAAUAUGAGGAGACUGUUUUUUACGGGUUGCAGUACAUUCUUAACAAAUACUUAAAAGGCAAAGUGGUAACCAAAGAGAAAAUUCAGGAAGCCAAAGAGGUAUACAAGGAACAUUUUCAAGAUGAUGUUUUCAAUGAAACGGGGUGGAACUACAUUCUUGAGAAAUAUGAAGGGCGUCUUCCCAUAGAAAUAAAAGCUGUCCCCGAGGGCUCUGUCAUUCCCAGAGGAAAUGUACUAUUCACUGUCGAAAACACUGAUCCAGACUGUUACUGGCUCACAAACUGGGUUGAGACUAUCCUUGUGCAGUCAUGGUAUCCCAUAACAGUAGCAACAAAUUCCAGAGAACAAAAGAAAAUAUUGGCAAAAUAUCUGCUAGAAACCUCAGGAAGUUUAGAAGGACUGGAGUACAAACUACAUGACUUUGGUUACAGAGGGGUCUCUUCGCAAGAGACUGCAGGAAUAGGAGCGUCUGCACAUUUGGUGAACUUUAAAGGAACUGAUACAGUGGCAGGAAUUGCUUUAAUCAAGAAAUAUUAUGGAACAAAAGACCCUGUACCAGGCUAUUCUGUUCCAGCUGCUGAGCACAGUACUAUAACAGCUUGGGGGAAGGACCAUGAAAAAGAUGCUUUUGAACACAUUGUGACACAGUUUUCUUCAGUGCCUGUAUCUGUGGUCAGUGACAGUUACGACAUUUACAAUGCUUGUGAAAGAAUAUGGGGUGAAGAUUUAAGGCGUUUAAUUGAAUCAAGAAGUGCAGAAGCUCCACUGAUUAUUAGGCCGGAUUCAGGAAACCCUCUUGACACUGUGCUAAAGGUUUUGGAAAUUUUAGGCAAGAAGUUCCCAAUUACAGAAAAUGAAAAAGGCUAUAAAGUGUUGCCUCCUUACCUCAGAAUAAUUCAAGGAGAUGGUGUAGAUAUUAAUACAUUACAAGAGAUGGUGGAGGGGAUGAAGCAACAGAAAUGGAGUAUUGAAAAUAUUGCCUUUGGAUCGGGUGGAGCUUUGCUGCAGAAACUAACCAGGGAUCUUUUGAAUUGCUCAUUCAAAUGCAGUUAUGUGGUCACCAAUGGCCUUGGGGUAAAUGUCUUUAAAGAUCCCGUAGCUGAUCCUAACAAAAGAUCAAAGAAAGGCAGGUUGUCUCUACACAGGAGACCAAAUGGAGACUUUGUUACACUAGAAGAAGGCAAGGGGGAUCUUGAAGAAUAUGGACAGGAUCUCCUUCAUACGGUGUUUAAGAAUGGAGUAGUAACGAAGUCUUAUUCGUUUGAUGAAGUAAGAAAAAAUGCCAGGCUGAAGACUAGUGAACUAACAGCAGCAUCUCACUAAAGUUUCAUUCCGUGUUUGUAUAUGUGUAACAAUUAUGUACUCCAAAUGGUUUCUUGUAGAGAUCUGUGUGUUUGUGUUUGCUACAUUAUAGCCAAAUUAUUUGUUGGUUUAUGGACAUCACCACCCUAUCUUUUUUUAAAAAGGAAUUGGGGAAAUAGCUGCUGUUUAAAACUUGUUCAGUGUGUUUCUAGAGGCCCUUGGCCAGUAGUGAUUCAAUCUGGUAUUGAUCUCCUCAUCGAGAGACAGAGCUGGGACUUUUUACUAUAUACUAUAUAUAUAGUAGCAUACCACAAAACAGAUUUGCAUAAUAGUAUCAUUGCUUUAUGUUUAUAUUUAACUUGUAUUUUUGUACAAACAAGAUUGUGUAAAAUAUAUUUAAAGUUUCAAUAAUUACGUCUUUCCAACUUUUCAUGAUUUUUAUGAGCACAGACUUUCAAGGAAUAUUUGGGAAUGGGGGAAUUCAUUGCCUUUUGUCCAUUGAUCAGCAAAUAAAAAACGGCCUUACGUUUUAUUGUGAUAACUGCACUAUUUUGAUGUUUUAAUCAGGAUUGUUCCCUCAGAUCCCACAGAAGAACAGACCUCAUGGUUCCUUACAGUUAUCUAUCAUUUAAUUGAUAAACUUCUGUUCUUCCUUGGAACAGUGGGAUACUAUAAAUAAGAAUAUAUUAAGUAUAUAGGUCUUGCCAGAGAGCAAGAGAUAUAAGUGGAAUGCCAAAUGUGGAAGGACUUCUUACUUCAGCAGACAUUGCCAAGUGCACCUCUGUAUUCCAAGAGCAAGGCUGCUGUCUUUGCAUGUCCACCUGGGCAUAAGUCCUAUUGCACUCAGUGGGACUCAUUUCAAAGCAGGCAUGCAGGAGAGCUGGCUCUAGAACUAAGGAAUUUCCUUCUACUACAGAGCAUGUAUAUGUAAAAUAUUGACAGGUAUGGAAGUGGUAUAUUAAAAGAAUGACACUUCUGGGUUUAUUUUUCCAUAUAUUGUAACAAAUUUCAAAGCAGAAGACUUAAAUGGAGUAGUGCACUUUUUUUUACCUUUUUUGUAUUUUGGUCAUUAAUUUUGCCUUUUUGUCCAAUUUGAUGUUGAAUUGUAAAGAUGUCUUAACUAUUUUUUGUUAAAACAACUUUAAUAAAACAUUAUACUAGCCAAA